UUCCGGCAGCAUUUCCCCGCCUCCCGCCCCUCCCGCUCCUCUAACCCUAGACCCCAGCAACCAUGCCGCCCGGCCGGAAGCUCAUGGAGGAACUAUGGCGGCAUAGGAGCGGGUGGAAGGCGAUCGAGGGCUUAUGGAACGACGCGUUCCUCAACAAGAGGCGCGUCGAGCGCUUGAGGGCGGCGCGGUCGGGUCCAGCGGAGCCCCCGCCGCCGAUGGUCAUCGUCGACGAUGGCGAGGCCCUAGGGUACGAGUUCCUCACCCUCAAUCUGCCCCCCGCGACUCCUGUGGCAGACCCCGCACCACCCCCGCCACCCCCGCCACCUCCGGUUCCCACUCCACCUCCUCCGCCUCCAUCCCCGACACCUCCUCCGCCUCCUCCUCCGGUACCCACUCCGCCUCCAUCCCCGACACUUCCACCCGAUGCGGUGCUUCGCGCAUGGAGAAACUCGUCCGUCUUCACCUACGGGAAGCUCGCCGCCAUGGGCUUGGUCGCAGCUUUUCUCCUGUACUUGUUUUGGCGCCGCGCCCGCGGCUGGAAUGUCGGCGGCGGCAACGACAUCGGUGGGCCCGAUCCCGGGGAAGGGGGCGGGAUGCACGGCGCAGAAGGCAGAGGAUUCGUGGACGCCGUCGGCGUAGUGCUGGGACAAGAGAUCAACGACGGCGAUGGCCAGGGCGGGGGUGGUAACCCUCUGCUGAUCAGAAGAGGCGUCCCUUCGGACCUACAGCUUCAGGCACUUUUUUUGUCUGGUGGAGACCUUGGUGCUGACUUCCUUGAGGCUUUCUCAAUAGUUGAUUCAACAUGCAAUAUUUCUGUAAAGCUGGUUCUUGGUGCGAAAAUCAAGCGACAUGCUCUGGAACAACUGAAGCUUACACUUGAAAGAUAUGACAGCAGAUUCAGAGAUAUGAGUCUACCAUGGCUACUUUCCCUGGCUGAAAACGGACAUGGGAAGCUCGUGCCGCGAAAUGCAUUCAGUCAAACAAAUUACAACAGCGCAGGCUUCCAAUGCUACAAGCUCCCAGAACACCAUUUCCCGCCCGGCAUGUCUUUGGUUGGGGUCUCAGUAACUGGGGAAAGUGAUGAAAAGGCUACUUUGGUUAGCUGGAUGUGCAGUUUGAACAAAAUCAAGCUUAAAGAUGUGAUAGAGCGUUGUUCAGCAAGGGGAGUAUUUGUGUUGAGGAGCUGACAGAGAAGCCUUUCUGAUGGGGAUGUGGAGCAUACACGCUGACGAUAUGGCUAAUACGGAGGGAAGAUUCAGGAAGUUAUGCUGAUUCGAAAACAGAAGUGGCAGAUGGUUUUUGUGCACCUCAAGCUGGGGGUUUGCAUUUUCUUUACCAUGUUUGGUGGAUACAAACUACGCACCGAUCAAUGUAUAUUAGCCGAUUCAGGUAUAAACAUGU